AUGGGCAUCGAACCUCAUCAUUUGCUACAAUCCCAGCUCAGCGUGGAUGCUAAGGACAGUUUUUCAGAAACAUCUUCUCAGGCCUCGAGUUCGUCGCCAGACAUUCAAGGUGUGAUUGAAGAAGCUGGCUCAUUGGUCGAAAAACUCAAGUCCUGCAACCGCAUAAGCGAUUCCAGUACUGAAAUCGACGAUGAUGACUCCAUCGUGUGCUCCAAGUCUGAACUUGUCGAAAGUCUGGGAAAAUUGAACCGAUUGCUGACGAGCACUCACGAACAAUCCAAGGGUCUCAGGUUCAAAAACAUGAUGCUGGCAUCAAGCCUCAAGGACUCGAGUUCCAGGUUUGAAGUGGAGUCAGAGCUGCAGAGACAACAGUUUGAAAGAAUCAGAUGCCAAUUGGUUAUGCAAACUCAUCAUUUGCACGACAAACUGCGAGCUCAAGACCUGAAGCUUCUCAAAUACAAGAAAACUAUCAGAGAGAAAAACGUGGAGAUCAACAAGCUCAGACGUUUGCUGAACCGUUCGGGUUCAUCAAAUCCACCACUAUUGCAGAAUACGCCACAAUCCAUAACGAAAGCCCCGCGAUUACAUCGAAAUUCUAAACUUCAGCAUAAGAACUCCAAUAUGCUGACCACACUUGGCUUAUUGGCAUCGCAUGUGUUAGGUGAACCCAAAGCAGUCUCUACCAACGUCGACAGUACCGAAUCGGAUAUCUCACAUGAUAGUUUUUUUAAUCGUCGCCCUUCCACGGACACACUUCCCAGAAGUCCCCAUCUACUAAGCAUUGCAACUCUACCCAGAAGCUCAACUUCCAUGGCCCCAAUUUCCGAGGAGUCGUCUAAUCAUAUCUUGCCCAAGUUCCGUAGUUUUAGUGCUUUCACUGACAGCAAGCAUUGA